AUGGCUGAUAUCAUUCUGGGCCCUGCAGUUGAACUAAUCCUUGGCAAGUUGGGCAGAUUUGCGUCCGAUCAGGUCCGACUUCUUUGGACUCUCAAACCCGAGAUACUGAAACUCGGGGACACUGUUGCGGCAAUCCAGGCUGUGCUUCUCGACGCAGAGAAGAAGCAGUGCCACAACCACCAAGUCAAACUCUGGCUCAAGAGGAUCUCCGACGUUAUGUACGAUGCUGAAGAUCUGCUUGACGAUUUCUCCACUGAGGCUGCGCUCCAAAAGCAAGCAGUGACUCACUGGAGGACGGGGAUGGCAGCGACCUGCUGGAGCUCGGUAUGCUCUCCGGUCUCUUCCCUUCCCAAGCAGUUGAUUUAUCAUUUUAAGAUGGCUCGUGAUUUAAAGGCGAUUCGAGAGAAGCUUGAUGUCAUAUCAAAAGAGAAGGAGGCUUUCAAGUUGGAAAUUGGCUUCGAGGUAAAAGCUCUUCCUUCUUUCAGGGAGACGGAUGCAUGCCCACCCACGAUUGUGAUUGGGAGGGAAGAUGACAGGAAAAACAUCAUUGUGCGACUGCUGAAUUGCAACCCAGAAGCCAGCAUUUCAGUCGUUCCCAUUGUUGGGAUGGGUGGGCUGGGGAAAACCACCCUCGCUCAGCUCGUAUUUGACGACAAACAAGUUCGAGAUUACUUCGACAUAAAAGCUUGGGUCUAUGUUUCACAGAGCUUUGAUAUCAAAAUGAUUCUCCUAAAGAUGUUGGAAUCCAUAACUCGUCAGAAAGUGGGGGAUCUCAUGUUAGAUGUGUUACAAGCUCAACUCCGGGAGAAAAUCCAAGGCAAGAGGUACUUAUUUGUAUUGGAUGAUGUUUGGGAGGAGAACAGGCGCAGUUGGGAGAAUCUGGGGAAUCAUUUGGCGUUCGGUGCUCUUGGAAGCAAAGUACUGGUGACUACUCGAUCCACUAGAGUGGCGGAGUUUGCUGGCAGAGCUCUCAAGUCGAGAACAAGUACCAGUAGCAGCAUUGUGGAACCUCAUUUCUUGGAAGGCUUGUCAGAAGGUGAGAGUUGGCAAAUAUUGCAGGCCAAGUCCCUCCCAAGACAGAUCCCAGCAGAAGUACAACAUAUUGGUAAACAAAUACUGAGGCAAUGUCGUGGAGUUCCUCUUGCUGUGAGCACCAUAGCUGGUGUGUUAGCAGAUUCGACUGAUCCAAAGAUGGAGUGGCCAUCUUUUCUAGAAAAGGGACUUUCUAGCAUCAUGAAUGAAGGAGGGGAAGUUUCUAUUAUGGCCACACUACAAGUCAGCUUCAAUCUUCUGCCCUCUCAUAUGAAACAUUGUUUUACUUAUUGUGGAUUGUUUGAAAAGGGGUUUCGAUUUGGGAUUCCAAUGUUGGUUCGAUUUUGGGUCGCACAAAGGUACAUUGAGUCGGAAGAUAUAGGCUAUGAUUACUUUAAAACGCUGUGGUGGAGGUCAUUUUUCCAGGAGGUGGAGAUGGACGAGUUAGGGAACUUGUCGACGUGCAGAAUGCACGAUCUCAUGCAUGACUUGGCCGAUUCAAUAGCAGGAGAUAAUAUAAAAAGAAGCACAAGUUCAAGUGUUCUACAAAAUGUUCCUUCAAAGGCUCGUCAUUUAUGCAUAACUCGUGGCGGUUAUGAUAAUCCAAGACAAGAAGACAGUGAUGGUGGCGACGAGCUUGGAAGCAUGAGUAAGGUACGAACUCUAAUAUGUUUCCAAUCUCUUUCAAGCGAAGAACUUGAACAAAUCCUCAACAACUUCUUACGCUUGCGUGUAUUGGUGAUAUGUUCAUAUGAUGAAAGUGCUUAUACGUCGUUGAAACUUGUUGGAAAGCUGAAGCAUUUAAGAUAUCUUGGUAUGUUGGGUUUCCACAAAAUGAAAAAUCUUCCGGACUCGAUUAUUAACUUGGUUAAUCUGCAAGUUCUUAACCUCAUCGGUGGCGAGUCACUGCAAGAACUACCAAGGGGCAUUAAGAAGCUUGUUAAUCUGAAGCAUCUUGAUCUCGAUCGAACAAGUUGGAAAAAUUUGAGACAUAUUCCAAAAGGGAUUGGCGAGUUGAAGCUUCUCCAAACCCUACCAAUCUUUGUAGUGGGGAAAAGAAGUAGUUGUAGUGGUAAUGGGGAGAUUGCCGGUGCAGAAUUGAACGAGUUGGAAGGGCUGAAUGCAUUGUGUGGAGAGUUGAUUAUCAUAGGCCUGGGAAAUGUCCACUCUCUAAAGAAAAGUGUUUAUGUCUUCAAAGAGAAGCUACAUCUUCAGUCACUUGUUUUAGAUUGGAGUCAAUAUGAUCUCCGUCUAUUGUCUGGUCGUGAUGAAGGGAUACUGGAAAUGCUCUGGCCACACCCUAAUCUAAAGAAAUUGACGAUACAUGGUAGUAUUGCUUUUGGAGGUGUGAAGCUUCCUAUCUGGCUGUCCAGCCUCACGAAUUUGGUUAAGUUCUCAUUAAAAGAUGGCCAUCGAUGUGAGUACCUCCCUGCUCAAUUGCAUCAAAUGGUGAGUUUAAAGGAGCUUGAAAUUAGCAAUUGCCCAAUGUUGAAGGGCAUCAAUAAUGAUGCCACUCAUUGUGACUCUUGUUCGAACAACUCGACAGCAAGAUCAAGAACAGAGGAAGAGGAAUGGCCGCAGUUUCGAUCUCUUGCCCACUUGGACAUUUGCCGUUGUCCAAGGCUAACUCGGCUGCCCACCUUCCCUACCGUCGAAUAUUUGAAGUUGUUCAAGGCGAGCUCGACACCUCUUGCUCGGACCAUGAAGAUGAAGAUGAAGAUGAGGAGAGGAGGAGGUGUUGAUACAACUGUUUCUUCAGCCCUCGUCCACCCACUCUCCAAGGUGACCAAGUUGUCCUUAGCAACCAUAGUUGAUGAUCUCGAAUCCCUAUCGCAUCAUGAUUCAAGUAGUUGUCUCGUCUCUCUUCAGACGUUACAUGUUGGAAACUGUCGAGCCGUGAAGCUACCUGGUUCGCUGUGUUCCAGUUCACAUCUAAUGGAGAUCGUUUUAUCGGAUUGUGAAAUGAUAGAGUACAUGCCACCCCUACAUGAACUCCCACGGUUGAGGGAGCUAAUUAUUUUUGGAUGUCCGAAGCUGAAGGGAUGUUGGUGGAAGAAGACGAGCGGGAAUAAUGAUAGUAACCAUCAUUGUGGUACUGAUGAUUAUUAUAACUUCGACCCUUCAAUGGAAAGAGAUGAAGAGGAAAAGGGAGAUGAGCAGACUGAGGAGGAGUGGCCACAUUUCCCUUGUCUGUCCAAAUUAGAUAUUGAAGAUUGCCCAAAUCUGACUCGGGUACCUCUAUUUCCAACCGUUGAAGGCAGGCUGGUGCUUGAAAGCUGCACAGAGGCACUAGUGCGGACAAUGAAGAUGGAACCAGUAGUAGCUGCUCAUCAUCAUCAUCAUCAUCUUGACUCUCAACAAAGUUCUUCUUCUUUGUUGCUGGGGACUGCCCUUGUCGCUCCGCUAUCUAAGGUGAAGGAAUUGUUCCUCGAGCGUAUGAAGGAGCUGCAAUCUCUACCAGAAGAAGGCCUCCGCAACCUCACUUCUCUACGAUACUUGUCGAUUCGAGAUUGUCGAAGAUUAACAUCUCUGCCUCCUGCAAUACGACACCUCGCCUCUCUACGACAAUUAGUCAUCGUUGGGUGUACAAGAUUAGCAUCUCUGCCUCCUGCAUUGCGAGACCUCACCUCGUUACGAAGAUUGGACAUUGAGUGGUGUACCCUGUUGAGAGAAAGAUGCAGAAGAGGGGAGGGUAAAGAUUGGCCCAACAUUUCCCACAUCCCUGUGAUAUAUCUGAACGGAGAGGCGCUCCAGGGUUCAGGUUGGCCAAUCUACACUACUACUGCAUUUUAUUUUUCUUGUUUUUUUUUUUUAUAA